AUGUCGCUCCUGUCUGCGCACCUCGAGCAAAUUGGCUAUUCAUGCCAAGGCAUCGACUCUCUCCCAUUCCCUCGACCAAAGAUCUUUACCAACGCCCUCCUCUCCAACCACGAUAUCACAUCCCUCAUCCGCGACACCGAACCCCACGAACGCGCUCUCUUCUCCGUGCCGCCGCCUCCUCCACCCUCAACAACCCUCAAACCCGCAGAGCCAGAGAAGAAAAAGUCGUCGGGUAGACGCCAGACCGUCUUUAAUGUAGCUUCUGGAGAAGUCACCACAGGGCCCCCAGCACGCACAGGCACACAUCCUCGCCGACAGACGGCUGUGGCAGCGGUGCUGGGCGGCCAGAUGCACGACGAGCUUCGGCGUGGAGAGUCAGACCGCAAGGGCGACGUAGAUGUCAAUAUCCUACUUCGCGGCGCAGAGAAGCUAUGCGGCGUGUACGAAUUGCCCGGUGCAAGGGAACGUAUCGCUGCCCUGAGGAGUAAAUAUGCGCACGGGAAGAACACGGCGGCGUACUACGAGGCGCGAGUCGCAGAGCAGGCGGAGCAACUGGCGAGUCUGGAUCAUCGGGAUUGGUAUGAGGAGGACGAAGAGGAAGAAGACGAGGGUGAUGUCUGGACGGAGGAGGACUUGAAAAGGGAGGAGGAUGAGGCUAAGGAGAUGGAGGUCAAGAAGAGGGAGUUGCAGGUCCGGUUAAGACAGAUGGAGAAGGACUUGGGAGACUUGAUGAGAAUGUGA